GGACAAUGGUGACAGGUCAAGCUGGCACAGCCCAUGCCACGUCCUGGAUCUGCGGCUGCCAGCGGGACUCCUGAAGAGCAUUUCAGCUGAGCACCUUCAGCAACACAAACCAUGGGGUACAAUUUGUCUUAUGGAAAGCUGCCAGACCUGAGCCAGGACAACGUCUCCUCACCCAACUCCACAGCAGGCCCCCCGGGGAGCUCGAGGCAGGACGAGUUCACCACCAUCGUGCUGCCCGUGCUCUACCUCAUCAUCUUCCUGGCCAGCAUCCUGCUCAACGGCCUGGCCGUCUGGAUUUUCUUCCACAUCAGGAACAAGACCAGCUUCAUCUUUUACCUCAAGAACAUCGUGGUGGCAGACCUCCUCAUGACGCUGACCUUCCCCUUCAAGAUCAUCCAGGACUCGCGGCUGGGGCCGUGGCACUUCAACUCCUUCCUGUGCCGCUACAGCACGGUGCUGUUCUACGCCAACAUGUACACCACCAUCGUCUUCCUGGGGCUCAUCAGCAUCGACCGCUACCUGAAGGUGGUGAAGCCCUUUGGGGACUCCAGGAUGUACAGCAUCACCUUCACCAAGGUCUUGUCGGCCUGCGUCUGGGUGGUGAUGGCCUUCCUGGCCCUGCCCAACCUGAUCCUCACCAACGGCUACCCCACCCGGAGGAACGUCGACGACUGCCUGAAGCUGAAGUCGCCCCUGGGGGUGCAGUGGCACAGGGCAGUCAUCUACAUCAACACCUGCACCUUCGUGGUGGUGCUGCUGGUGCUGAUCGGCUGCUACAUCGCCAUCUCCAGGUACAUCUACAAGUCCAGCAAGCAGUUCAUCAGCUCCUCCAGCAGGAAGCGAAAGCACAACCAAAGCAUCCGGGUGGUGGUGGCCGUGUUCUUCACCUGCUUCCUGCCCUACCACCUCUGCAGGAUACCCUUCACCUUCAGCCACCUGGACAGGAUCCUGGACGACUCGGCGCACAAGAUCCUCUACUACUGCAAGGAGACGACCCUCUUCCUGUCUGCCUGCAACGUCUGCCUGGACCCAAUCAUUUACUUCUUCAUGUGCAGGUCCUUCUCACGCAGGCUGUUCAGGAAGUCCAACAUGAGGACCAGGAGCGAGAGCAUCCGCUCGCUCCAGAGCGUCCGCAGGUCCGAGGUCCGCAUCUACCACGAGUACACCGACGUCUGA